GACAGGUACUAUUUACAUGGCCACAGACGACCCGGCUCUUCGACCAACUUGGGUUGUUUCAGGAUCUUAAGGAACUGGCUAUGCCAUUACAUCGCAGGAAGCGGAUUUCCGGUAGCGACGGUCGGGCUAUGUCUGCAACCCACUUUUUGGACGAUGUGGAAGUAAGGUACGUUACGAAAAUUUUCUUUAUAGGUACGGAUAUUGAGACUCUUUCAGAAGGAGUCCGCGUUCAUCUCAAAGAUGGCGCUACCGUGGAAGGUUCCUUAGUUAUCGGGGCAGACGGCGUGCACAGCAAGACUCGCAAGCUCAUGCAGAAGCUUGCCAGGGACGAUUAUGCGGAGAAUAUGGUUUCGAACUUCUACUGCAUUUUCGGACAAGCGUCUAUAGCGGACUUGCCUAUCGAGCCCGAGGUCUUCUUUGAGUCUAGGGGCUCCGGGGCCGCAUUCCAGUGCCUUGCCACGCGAGACCUCUUGCAGUUCGUCGCAUUGAAGCCGCUCCCUAAGCCUCUGACUGAGCGUAGGAGAUAUACUAAAGAGGAGAUGGAAGAGUUUGCUGCGUCCAUCGCAGACGUUGUGGUAUGCCCCGGUAUUACGUUUGGGGCUGUGUGGGCGAGAGCCAUCAAGAAUGUGUCAAUGAUGUUGAACCAGGAGGAGGGCUUCAUGAGUCGCUGGCAUUAUGACCGUAUCGUCUUAGUUGGUGAUUCGGCACAUAAAAGCACAAGUGUUAAUGGCUUAGCCGUGACGUUUGGGUUGCACUCCGCCGCGGUUCUCGCGAACUUGCUACAGAACCUGCUGGUUACUACAGGACCACAACCAUCUGUGGAUGCGCUCAGCAGGAUCUUCUCUCAUUACCAGAAAGAGCGCGAAAGCGCAGUAAAACCAUUAUGGGAGAAGGCAUAUUCGAUGGCUCGCGAGGUUACGCAUGUAUCAUGGGUAAAUUGGUUCUGGGAUAGGUAUAUCCUUCCGUGGAUGAAUCCGGAGAGAUAUUCCUUGGACAUAACCCCAUCCAUGACAUUCAUCAGGUAUGGCAACGUCUUGUCGUACGUCCCAUUCAUCGACAAGCAGGGGACGGUGCCUUGGAUCCAUCAACCGGCCGUCCAGUCAUGACCUUUUUAAUGUUACUAGCUCAAUGUCUAGGUAUAGGCGCUUUCGUGCUCCUGUUUAUCGCAUGCAUUUAACAAACAAUUAUAUGUCCUCACAACAGAAAGAUACG